GGCAAUACCUAACUGGAUCUCUGCUCCGAGCAAGCACCGACGAGACGAGGGAGACACUUAAAAGCUAAUCGCACACGCUGAAACACCAUCUGCCAGACGUUUUUUCUUGCCAUGUCAGUACGAAAGAUUCCAAUUCUAGGCAAAGAGUCUAUCCACGUCGGGUUCAACCUCGUCCAGCACAUCGCAGAUACCCUCUUAGAUACCCUGCCAUCCUCGACCUAUGUCCUGAUCACAGACACUAACAUCGCGCCCCUGUACUUGCAGCCGAUAGCUGCUACAUUUGCUCAGGCGACAGAUGCUCACUUUCCAGACAAAUCAGAUCCUGCCAGGCCCCGCUUCCUCACUUACACCAUCCCACCAGGCGAGACUACCAAGACUCGCGAGGGAAAGGCAGAGAUAGAGGACUUCCUGCUUCGUCACAGAUGCACCAGGGACACAGUUAUCAUCGCCCUUGGAGGCGGUGUCAUCGGUGAUCUUGUUGGCUUCGUCGCUGCAACUUUCAUGCGUGGGGUACGUGUAGUACAAGUGCCUACUUCGCUUCUUGCUAUGGUCGACUCCGCAAUCGGUGGAAAGACCGCCGUAGAUGCCCCCCUUGGCAAGAAUCUCAUUGGCGCAUUCUGGCAGCCAUCUUACAUUUUCGUCGAUGCUGCGUUCCUUCGCACGCUCCCCUUGCGAGAACUCGCAAAUGGUCUCGCAGAAGUUAUCAAGACGGCGGCUAUCUGGGACGAAGCUGCCUUUGCUCUUCUCGAAGCAAAUUCCUCCACGCUCCUCACAUGUCUCUCCCCGUCCUCCCCGGCCCUCCAUCUAGGCCACCCCCUCCUGACGUUGAUCAUAUCAUCCAUCAACACGAAAGCUACGAUCGUCUCACGUGACCCACGCGAAGCACACCUUCGGGGUCUCGUCAACUUCGGUCACUCUAUCGGCCACGCUAUCGAGGCACUCGUUACCCCCUAUGUGCUCCACGGCGAGUGCAUCAGUGUGGGCAUGGUCCUGGAAGCGGAACUGGCCCGGGCAGCCGGUGUCCUCGGGCAAGUCAGUCUUGGUCGUCUGCGCCGGUGUAUCGAGUCGUACGGCCUCCCAUCUACCCUUUCAGACAAGCGAAUCCUUGAAGCCGAAAAGCGUAUCGUAGCGGCAGGGGGCCAAGCUAUCUCUGUCGAUGCUCUUCUUGAUCGGAUGUCAGUCGACAAGAAAAACGCAGGAAAACUGAAGAGGGUUGUCUUACUCGAGCGCAUUGGGAAGACACGUGAGCUACGUGCUACUGGCGUUGCUGAUGAAGAUAUCAGGAAGGUCCUCUGCCCCGCUAUGCGUGUGGUAGCGGGAACCCCUAGUACCUAUGUGAAACCACCUCUUCCACCUCCAAUGCUGGAACUUCCCGACGCAGACCCAACACAGCUGUCGGGGCCUGUUCCCAACGCACUUAUCCCCCAAGCUUCAUCAGCUACUCCGGCUCCAAUCGGAAUGCCUGCCACAGAUGUUCCCCACAUUACACUCUCGACCCCCGGCUCUAAGUCCCUUUCCAAUCGUGCCCUCGUCCUUGCCGCCCUUUGCAAGGGGACAUGUAGACUGAAAAACCUCCUUCAUUCUGACGAUACCCAAGUCAUGAUGGCGGCUCUCGAACAACUCAAGGCUGCUACAUUUACAUGGACUGACAACGGGGAGACGCUGGUCGUCAGCGGUUCCGGCGGUGCUUUGUCUGUCCCACCACCCGGCACGCAAUUGUAUCUUGGCAACGCAGGAACAGCUGCGCGGUUUCUCACAACCGUCUGCACCAUCGUUUCUCCCUCGAAUACAACGGACGCCUCUCAAGCACAGAUGACGGAAAUUACCGGAAAUGCGCGCAUGAAGCAACGUCCAAUCGCACCACUCGUCACCGCCCUGCGGGAUGCAGGUGCCACCAUCGGCUACCUCGAAUCCGAGGGUUGCCUCCCUCUCUCCAUCAAGCCCUUGGGUAGACUUCCUGGUGGUACGCUCAUGCUUGACGCAUCGCUUUCGUCCCAGUAUGUCUCUUCUAUUCUACUCUGCGCACCCUACGCUGCAGAGCCGACCACACUGACUUUGACGGGCCCUGCCGUCAUAUCGCAAUUGUACAUCGACAUGACAAUCGAACUCAUGCGUGCCUUCGGGAUUGAGGUCACUCGCGAACGUGACGCUGUUAGCGGUGACCUCUUAAAUGUUUAUCACAUACCCAAAGGAACAUAUCGUGUCCCCGAGAGCGGCGAGUUUGUGAUCGAAAGCGAUGCGAGCAGUGCAACGUAUCCCCUUGCGAUUGCAGCCAUUACUGGCACGCGGUGCACCCUCGCCAACAUCGGUUCCUCCUCGCUGCAGGGCGAUGCGCGCUUUGCAAAGGAAGUUCUGGAACCGAUGGGGUGCGAGGUCGUACAAACAGAGACAGAGACGACUGUCACCGGCCCACCGAAGGGCAAGCUGAGGGCCAGAGGAGAGGUCGAUAUGGAGCCCAUGACCGAUGCAUUCUUGACGGCAUGUGCAGUCGCAGCUGUAGCAACAGAUGGCGGUGUAGGCGAGGGCGCAGAAUCCGGUGAGGGCAAGAACGUGACGAGGAUCAGGGGUAUUGCCAAUCAGCGUGUCAAGGAGUGCAACCGGAUCCAGGCGAUGAUGGAUCAGUUGGCAAAAUUCGGCAUUUCAACGCGAGAACUUCCCGAUGGACUCGAAGUUUACGGUCGCCCGCUCUCCCAGCUCACGCGCGGUGCUUCCAUACACUGCUAUGAUGAUCAUCGUGUUGCAAUGGCCUUUUCCGUCCUCGCCACUGUUGUUGAUGGAACUAUUUUGGAGGAAAAGCGGUGUGUAGAGAAGACGUGGCCCAACUGGUGGGAUGAUCUCGAAAAUAGGCUCGGGGUCAAAGUAGAAGGCGUCGAACUACCCAAACCUGUGAAGACUAACCCAGCCCCGAAGACUCCUGAAACAAUUCCAAGUAUCCUUCUUAUUGGCAUGCGUGGCUCCGGUAAAACGUACAUCGGGGAGCUCGCUGCACGCGCCCUCUCCCUUCCCCUACUCGACUUCGAUGUCGAAUUUUCGCGCGAGUGCAAGCAACCAUUGCGCGACUUCGUCCUGAAGCAAGGCUGGGCAGAAUUCCGGAAAGCGGAGAUCGCGCUACUCCUCAAGUUAAUGAAGACACAUGGGCGCGGGUGGGUAGUCAGCCUUGGAGGUGGUAUUGUAGAGACUCCGGAGGCACGCGAGGCGCUCAAGAAAUACGCCAGGGCAGGCGGAUGUGUCGUAUGGGUACAGAGAGAGUCCGAGGAAAUUGAGCGGUACUUGGAAAGCGAGACGGAGAGACCAGCAUACGGUGAGCCCGUGCGUGCCGUUCUUGAGAGACGCAACCCCUGGUUCGAGGAGUGCGCAAACUACAUCUUUGGGAAUCACACAGCACUUCCUGAUGGCGCGUCUGCAAUGGGGUCGGGAGCGCUAGAGGCCGAGGUAACGAGGUUCUUUGGGCACGUAUCGGGUUUGCGACCAAACCUAGUCCCGAGCAACGCCAACCGUUCUUACUUCCUUUCUCUGACCUACCCCGAUGUGACUCCCGCACUCCCCAAGAUUUCUGAGCUCACCACGGGCGUUGACGCAGUGGAGUUGCGCGUCGAUCUUCUACGUGAAUCCGGGUCGCAACUUCCUAGCCCUACAUACGUGUCCUCUCAACUAUUCGCUCUUCGGCGCGUAACGACACUUCCAAUUGUCUUUACUGUGCGUACUGUAUCUCAAGGAGGAGCAUUCCCGGACGAUGCGCCAGCUGAGGCGGGGAAGCUCCUCAACCUCGCGCUGCGCCUCGGUGUGGAAUAUAUUGAUGUCGAAACGACCUUGCCGCCUUCACUCAUUCAAGAGAUUACUACUUCGAAAGGCCCUUCACUUGUCAUCGCGUCGUUCCACGACUGGACUGGCUCAGUCACUUGGGACGGUGUUGCCAUGAAAGCACAAUACGAAGCAGCUGCACAGAUCGGAGACGUUGUGAAGCUUAUUGGCAGGGCGAACAAUGUGUCCGAUAACUUCAAACUACAGGAGUUCGUCGCGAGAGUAGCUGAAGCAUCGAAGCCCAUCAUUGCGAUCAACAUGGGAACAGCGGGACAGCUGUCGCGUGUGCUCAACAAGACGCUGACACCGGUCACCCAUCCUCUUCUUCCUACGGCAGCCGCUCCUGGUCAAAUGUCCGUAUCGGAUAUUCAUCGUGCGUUGCACCUCAUUGGACUACUUCCUGCGCGCCGCUUUUUCCUGUUUGGUAGCCCAAUUUCCCGUUCACCUUCUCCGACACUACAUAACACCGGCUUCGCUGCUCUCGGGUUGCCACACACAUAUGGGCUCCUUGAGGGUGAGAGUAUCACUGAUGAAACGCGCGCUGUCCUUGCGAGCCCCGAUUUCGGGGGAGCAAGCGUGACGAUCCCGUUGAAGCUUGAUAUCAUACCCGUUCUUGAUUGCCUUACGGCCGCCGCGACUGCUAUUGGUGCUGUCAACACCAUUAUUCCAUGCCAGUCCUCCUCUCCAGAGAAACCUCGCCUACUCUUGGGCGACAACACGGAUUACGUUGGUAUCAUAAGUGCCAUUCGCGCGGUGUCUCCUGGGCUCCGUGCCCCUGAUUCGGCACUAGUACUGGGAGCAGGUGGAACGGCCCGCGCGGCUGUUUAUGCGCUGCACACGCUCGGUGCAAAACAGGUAUAUCUAUACAACCGUACGCAUGCUAAGGCUACUGCUAUCGCCGAGGCAUUCCCCAGCGUACCCAUUCUGGUGCUCGACAAGCUUGGCAGCUGGCCCGCGAGUGCGCCGAGCGUAGUUAUAUCCACGGUUCCCGCUGAUGCAACGACUAUCAAAACCGGGCCUGGCCUUGAGGGUAAGGUGUAUCUUCCCUCCAACCUCUUCGACAGUUCUAUCAAAGGCGUCGUUGUCGAUAUGGCCUACAAGCCUGCGGAGACUCCUCUGCUGGCACUCGCGAAGCACGUCGCGCCCACGUGGGCUCGUGUACCUGGUGUGGAGGUUCUACUGGAACAGGGGUACGCACAGUUCGAGCAUUGGACAGGAAGGCGGUGCCCAAGGGAAAUUGUGAGGGAAAAGGUUCUGCAGUGGUAUAAUGCUUGAAGCGAUGUUUCGGACUCCUUGCCUCCGGUUCAUGCGGUAGAAACAAUUAGAAACUUUUGGUCUGUUCACAACUUGGUUGUUACAUCUCUUUGUCCUUCGUAAAUUUUGUUACUCCGUAGUUUACUGCUGUGUCGACAGAAUUAACCGGUAGAAUACUAGU